UAAUAUUUUUGUUAUUGAACUGCGGUUGUAAGACGACUGCGUUACCAGUAUUUUUAGUUCUCGGUUGGAAAAGAAAAUGGAAUGCUUGCUACGUUUGAAAAUCCAAAGAAAUCUCGUUCAAUUUGAAACUAUGCUUCUCAGUUUGCAGGCUCCGAGAGUUAGCUAUUUAACCUGUUUUGUUUCACGACUGUUUAAAUAGCCUGCGCAACAAAGGUUAAUACGUGGAAUUUAUCUAAUUACAGAUACAUUACUUUUUUAAAUACAAACCGUCGCUGUCCCUUAAGGGUUACAAGUUAUACGUUUUAGGGAAAAGAAUACCGGUUUUCUCCAGAAUGUAGCCCGAAUCUGUCUAUAACUCAGGUGGGAGUGGUUUAUAUAUAUCCACGGAGUUGUGAGACCUGCUCUAUACAGAACCAACCUCAGUGUUUUCGUGGGUUGUUGGGUGCAUCAGCAGCCACAACUAACGGUCCGACGCCAUCCUCACACGCCUGACUUAAACUUUUGCCUAUGUGGCAUUAACUCGUGUAGUUUGUUUUCUUGGACUUGCCUGAUAAAAUAGGAUACAACUUGAAUAGUUUCAUUCAAAGUGAACGAUCACGGACUUCCAAUUCAACAGCCAUUCGACAGGAGGCCAUGUAAAAAGACAUGCAGCCUUUUCUGUUUCUGCUAGUCGCCCUCUGGUGGAUUCGGUCAACCAUUUGCGCAACUUCGUCGCCCACUUCAUUUUCGUUAUUUCAAUCCUACAUCCGCGGGCAUUUGGACGGACGAUUGGAAGAUGCCACCGAUCUUUUGCCGGAGUACGAUUUCAUCAUUGUUGGGGGAGGCUCGGCUGGAGCUGUACUUGCAUCCCGACUCUCUGAGAUUGCUGGAUGGACGGUUCUCUUGAUAGAAGCUGGCGGCUUAGAGACCAUCGUGUCAGACAUUCCCGGCAUGGCCAAAUAUCUUCAGUUAACUGAUAUCGAUUGGCAAUACCAGACAGAGCCGCAGGCUGGUCAGUGUUUGGCGUUGAAGGAUGAACGGUGCAAUUGGCCGCGAGGAAAAGUGAUUGGUGGUUCCUCUGUAUUGAAUUACAUGUUGUACGUUCGCGGAAAUAAGCGCGACUACGACGGUUGGGAAAAGGCCGGCAAUUACGGCUGGUCCUACAAAGAUGUUCUACCCUAUUUCAUCAAAUCGGAGGAUAAUCGAAAUCCGUAUUUGGCAAAGAACAAAGACUAUCAUGGAACGGGUGGGUUACUUACCGUUCAGGAGGCCCCCUACAGCACGCCCUUGUCAAUAGCUUUCAUCCAGGCCGGAGCUGAACUUGGAUAUCAAAACCGAGACUGUAAUGCAGAAAGCCAAACGGGUUUCAUGAUUCCUCAGGGGACAGUGCGGGACGGAAGUCGAUGUUCAACGGCCAAAGCUUUCUUGCGCCCUGCCCGCAAACGGAAAAAUCUCCACGUCGCUCUGCGCUCUCACGCUCAUCGUGUGUUGAUCGACGAUCAGAAACAAGCCUACGGCGUGGUUUUCGAGCGGGGCAAGAAAAUCCUGCAGAUUCGCGCCAAGAAAGAAGUGAUCCUGUCAGCAGGAGCAAUCGGCAGUCCUCAGCUGUUGAUGUUGAGCGGAGUUGGCGAUCCAGACCACCUCAACUCGGUGGGUGUUACAGUGAAACAUAGCCUUAAGGGCGUCGGUCAGAACCUGCAGGACCACAUUUCUGGCCGAGGGAUGGUGUACCUGAUCAACGAAACAGUUUCCUACGUCGAAACUCGUUUUCUAAAUAUUCAAUCGAUGCUGAAUUACGUCAGACAUCGAGGACCUCUGACCGCCUUGAGCGGCACAGAAGGACUGGCCUGGGUGAAAACGAAAUACGCUGACCCCAAAGACGAUUACCCCGACAUGCAACUUCAGUUUAUUGCCGGUUCAGACGUUUCUGACGGAGGCCUGUCGCUCAAAAACAACGACAACGUCAAGGAUUCAGUCUGGAAAGAGUACUACGAGCCUAUAGCCUAUCGAGACAGUUGGCAACCCAUUCCCAUAGUGCUGCGACCCAAAUCCAAGGGUUACAUACUCCUUCGCUCUAGUGACCCAUACGCCAAGCCGCUGAUUUACGCCAACUACUUUACACACCCGGACGAUAUUAAAGUGAUGAUUGAAGGGAUGAAGAUCGGACUGGCGUUGAGCAAAACGGAAGCCUUCCAGCGUUUCGGAUCGCGUUUAUACGACAAACCUUUCCCCGGAUGCGAGACUUUGCCUCUGUGGACGGACAAAUACUGGGAGUGCUUCCUACGACACUAUUCCACCACACUUUAUCACCAAUCCUCCACCUGUAAAAUGGGUGUUCUCGACAAAGAACCACUGGCUGUGGUUGAUCCUGAACUUCGCGUUUACGGGAUUAAAGGAUUACGAGUUGUGGACGCUUCCAUCAUGCCAGAUGUCGUCUCUGGAAAUACCAAUGCGCCCACGAUCAUGAUUGCCGAGAAAGCUGGUGAUCUCAUCAAAGAAACUUGGAUAGCAAAAGAAGCUUCAUUGAAUAAUAUUUGAUGUGAUUCUUUGUUCUCUUUUUUGUGUCAACCGCUUCGCCAUGUUCCAGUUAUUUAUUGAAAAUAGUAUUGCUCACCCGACGUUGUGUUUUAACAGGAUUUUUGAAAGAAAAAAAAAUGAUUCCUGUACAUUUUUUUUUCUGAUUUUGUUAUAGUCUGGGUUGAGAAGUCAAUCGUAACAGCUCUUUGCAUCGUUUGAAUUCUGAAUAUUUUUGCAUACCAACUUCCAGGGAUCACAUUUUUUUUCUAAAACUUCAGUCACAAUAUGUGUUAUUAACUUCUUGCCUUUCAAAACUAAAAUCAAAGUCCAUUACUAACCUCGUUUUUUUAAUAGGCUGUUGGGGCUGUCAUGUGAUAGCUGUAUAAUGUCUGAAGAGAAAAGUAAAGUGCCUGAAAAAAGAUUGAUGCCAGGCAAAUAUCGGCAGA